AUGUCUUCUGUCUCAGAGGCUACGAUAUUGGCAUCCUCCGUAUCCUGGCCGUCAGGGACAGCCACCAAGACAACGUCUUCUGCGCGGAGAGCUUCAGCGUCGGCAUCGAGGGUGACGGAUCAUUACGGCACUCCACCGGCGGGCUCUUUGACAACCAUAUGGACUCCUCCGUGCGGCAUCGUCACAGGCACAUAUACCAAGGCCUCCGAAACGUGCAUGCCACCCGGCUGGAACAUAUACUGGGCUAGCAAUGCCGGCUACUACUCGCCUGCCAUCUGCCCCAGCGGCUUCAUUCCUGGUUGCACUCGCACGUUGCGUCAGGGCCCCGUUGUCGUGGCUGGUGAGACGGCCGUGAACUGCGUGCCUUCGGGCUUCAGCUGUCCGACCUCGACGGGGCAGUAUCUCUCCCAUGCUGUCAAGGGCACCACUAUCGCGGCCAUGAUCCAGGUCCGUUGGAAGGCGACAGAUCUUCCUAGCUUCCAGACGCACCCGCUCGCCAACGCCGAUCUCAACAGGCUCCAGGCUACAAGCGGGCCUGGGUGGCAGUCCGGGAGCGGCGAUCUGUCGACUGGUGUCAUAGUCGGGAUCGCUGUCGGGGCCGGACUGGCCCUUCUGGUUUUUAUCCUGUGUAUCAUCUUCCUCUGCAGCCGCAGGCGCCAGCGGAAUAACAAGAUCCUCUAUGCACCGCCUCUGCAGCAUGUACCUUUGAUGCAGCAGCGAGCUUACGAAACCGGUGGCUACCAGCAAGGCCAGCUCGGUAUCAUGGGAGCGCCUCCUCCACCGUAUGCCAGUGCUGGUUUGCCUAAAUCAGUACCUCACCUUUCUGGGUAUACGGCUCUCCCUUUGGGUGACGGCCAAUCUUAUUCUGGAGACUCGACACCGGCCGGAGCCGCGGGCCAGAUGGCCUCGGCCUCGACCUCUUACGGAGCAGAGACCGCUUCCGAUUCACGUCGUGGAUUUCAGGCUCCCGCAGGUACGACUGCAACUCCCACCAGAGCCCCCAGUUCAUCGUCACCUAUCCGGAGCGAGGAAGAAACGGUAGCGGCUGAACUACAGGACUUACAAAGGCGACAACUUGAAAUCGAGGAGCGGCGGCUGCAGUUGCUGGCACAGCAGGACGCCCGAGACCACCGAACAGAGUUGCAAUAG